UUUAUUUUUCCAGUAUUGCUUGCCUUCUGCACACAGGAAUCGGAAGCGACUAGACGUGUGAUGCGCGGACGUAGAACACUUACACGUCGCUAUUUUACUGGCCUCGCUAUUCCUGGUUGGCUACUGGCCGUACUUAUAGGCAUUGGUGAGCUUGUACUUGGCGGAGCACUCUAUUUAGCAUUGAAUCGUUUUAUACUAGCCAAGUCAGUACAGGAAACGAACACCUACACACCAGCAAAGCAAAAUGAAGUUUAAAGAAAAAAAUUUAUAAAUACAUAAUUUGUUUAGCGAAAUACAACACAAAUGCCGAUCAUUACAAAAAACUAAGUACCUAAAAUGCUAACAAUGCAUUGUGUGAAAAACAAACCUACUCAGGACGAACGGAGUAACUUCACAGCUGCCUCAAUUAUAUAAUAAUAUGAAUAAGCAAUAAAUUAAUCUUAUGGCGUUUUUCUUUUCUAGUAUUAAUGUUGCAUUUAUUUUACCCUGUGUAUGUUCUUUUCUUAGCAAUUGGCGCAUAAAAACAUUUACUUAAUGGAUGCAACAUUUGCAUUGAGAAAAUAAAACAUUAGCAAUGACAAUAGUAAUAACUAAUCAGAACAACAACAGCAGCGAAAACGUAUCAACAGUAUCCACUUUAAGUUAAUUAAAUUUUUGUAUACUUCAUUUAAGUUCUUAAAAUAAAACGAUCUUUCUAG